GAGCCGAGCUACCCUUUCGCUAUAGAAAAGCUAGUUUUCUGAGACUUCUGUUGGCAACGCAGGAAACAGCAACAUCUGUUGCAACGCGUGUCUGGGACAGAGACCAUGACUAUUUAUUGAAAUUCAACAAGAACUUACAGUGAAUAUAAGAAGAUACCAACCAAAGCAGACAUUUGCAAGGAAAUAGACACAGUAGUACAGGAUACUAUUUUCACAUCUGUCGACAACUACAAACAUGAAUGAACUUUGAAAAUCAGAAAAAGGAAGCAUCAGGAAUUAUUAACUCUAUGCAACAUGUUCUGCACAAAACUUAAAGAUUUGAAACUUACUGGAGAAUGUCCUUUCUCUGUUACUGAAACAAAUGAUAAUUCUGAGGAUGACCUUGAAGAUGGAUGCCACAAAGAUGCACAUGCUUUGGAGGCUGGAUUGCCUAUUUGUAAAGAUAUCUGUGAAAAUGUGUAUGGGAUCCCUCCGAGAAGAAAAAUAAGCAGGAGUAAAAUAAACCUACAGUAUCUAGCAGACUCCAUUCACAGGCUUGUCUUUCCUGAGCCUCGGAGACUUCAUGCUGCUCUUCAUAGGACACUCCUGAAGUAUGGUUACAAUAAACAAGAAUGCAGCAUUUUUCCUGUUGACUCUAGCUUCUUUGGUGUCUGUGAUGAAUUUGGUAAAAGUGAAGAUAUUACCAAGAUAGUCACAGACCAUGCAAAGCGAACAAAUGUUCAAGCAGAUACUUUAAAAGAGGCCCUUGGUGAAGAACUAUUUAAAAUAUCUUAUGAGGAAGAUAAUGCGAUUCUAAGCAUUGUUGGUGGCUCACUUAAGGAUUUUUUAAAUAGUUUUAAUACCCUGCUAAAAUAUAAUAAUUCUAUUCAUGGAGAAAGUUAUACCAGUGAUGAAUUGGCUAUCCUGUGCUUGGAAAAAGAUCCAGAACACAUGAGUGUUUACUACUUUUGGCCUGACAAAACAACAGCUUUUCUUCUCCCUGGCAUUAUUAAAGCUGCAGCUAAUCUUCUAUAUGCAACUGAGGUUAAGGUUUUGCUGACAUCAUCUUGUGCUGGAAGAGGCAACAUUGAAUUUGACAAUCAGCCGUACAUUUUGUAUGCUCUCCAGAUCAAAAGCUUUAGCCCUAUCUUGUCUCCAUGCAAAACUGAAUGCAACAUUGGAAUCACUGUGUCUCAAUUCUGCAAUGUCUUCCCGUUCCACUUUAUGUUUGAUAAAGACAUGACUCUUUUACAACUUGGUGACGGUCUGAAGAAAUUCUUAAAUCAGAGAGCUGUUCAAGGAAAAUCAAAAUUUGAAGAAUAUUUUGAAAUUGCAUCUCCAAAAGUUAGUGCCACUUUUACUGGGAUACUGACAAUGCUGAAUACACAGUUUGUUGUGCAUUUAAAGCCAGGAAGAAACAAAGAAAGGCUCCCAAAGGUUAUGGAUUUUAAAGGCCAAAUGAUCUACCUUUCUGAGUCCAGUGCUGUUUUGUUCCUGGGUUCCCCGUGCAUUGAUAAGUUGGAGGAGUUUACUUACAGUGGAAUAUACCUUUCAGAUAUCCCAAUUCAUAGUGCCCUGAGAGAUGUAGUUUUGACAGGUGAGCAGGCCAAAGCACAGGAUGGACUCAAGAAAAGAAUGGCAAAGCUGAAGAGUGCCCUUGAACUAGCUCAUGAAGCUCUGGAAGAAGAGAAGAAGAAAACUGUCGAUUUAUUGUUUACAAUAUUUCCAAGCAAAGUAGCUGAACAACUCUGGCAAGGGAAAACUGUACAAGCCAAAAAGUUUGAUAAUGUCACUAUGCUUUUCUCAGACAUUGUUGGAUUCACAGCAAUCUGUUCCCAGUGUACACCUAUGCAGGUUAUUACUAUGCUAAAUGAGCUAUACACUCGGUUUGACUAUCAAAGUGAUGAACUGGAUGUUUACAAGGUGGAAACCAUUGGGGAUGCAUACUGUGUAGCUGGAGGAUUACAUAAAGAAAGCCAGACUCAUGCUGUUCAGAUAGCUCUGAUGGCCCUAAAGAUGAUGGAGUUGUCAGAUGAAGUGGUGAGUCCCCGUGGAGAACCUAUCAAGAUGCGAAUCGGCCUCCAUUCUGGUUCUGUACUUGCUGGGGUUGUUGGUGUUAACAUGCCACGUUACUGUCUCUUUGGAAAUAAUGUUACUCUUGCUAACAAGUUUGAGUCUCACAGUCUGCCAAGGAAGAUCAACAUCAGUCCAACAACAUACAGGCUGCUGAAAGACCAUCCAGGUUUUGUGUUUACACCUCGAACAAGAGAAGACCUGCCUGCAAAUUUCCCCAGUGAUAUUUCUGGAAUAUGUCACUUUCUGGAUGGUUAUCACCAUGAAAAAGCAUCAACACUCUCCUCCUUUCAUGGGGACAGAACAUAAAGGAGACUAAUUUUAGAAAACUGUAAAAUGUUAAAUGCGUAGUGUUGUCUAUAGCCAGCAACUUAAAUAUGUAAAGUACUUGAGCACUUUAACGUAGCAGUGUGUCAGCACAUUUGUAUAAGUACAUGACAUUUAUUCAGAAAAAAUGUUUAACUUUUCUGUGGUCUUUGUCUUUCUAUCACUGCACUACUAUCAAACUAGUAACUAGACACUGUUUUUACGAAUCAUACCACUUACAUCAUGACAAAAAAGAGACAUAUAAGGAAGCAGGCCAUCUUUUCAAACUUUAUAGUUUGACAAACACAAAUACCUAAAACAGGGAAGGGGAUAUAUUAGUGAAAUCAAUGGUUGCAACAAAGUUACUUAUCAUCUUAACACAGUUAUCUUAGAUUUCAUUCAUAGCUAAGUACUAGAAUAGGUAAGUACUAGGAUACCUGCCCUUGCUGGCCAUUUUAAGCCUAGCCACUUUCCCUUUUAAUGGUAAGAAUCAAAACCUUUACCCUCUUUUUGUGAAGUAAACAUCUUAACCAGUAUGUCAAACCCACCCCCAAAAAGCACAGACAGAGGCCUGGAAGAGACUGUAUGAAGAAUAAGCAGGGACAAGUGGGAUACCCCCUCACAUUAAAACAAAUGUACUGUUUUCUUUUACAGAGCAGUGUUUACUUUGAACUGGGCUUGCCAGCUUUUUUAUUCAAUGAGCUGUGAUUUUCAUUGCUGAUGCCAUAGUUGCUUCUAGCAACAUAUAUGAUAUACAGGAUAUUUUUCACCCUAAGUUGUGACAGUGUGAGUCUAUAGAGUUAUUAGAUUUUGUUUGAAUGUAAAUAUGAUGCAUCUAUAUUUGGAAAAUGAAUCUGUACAUAUAGUUUCAUUGUAGAGUUCAUGUAUAUAUUAAAUUUGUUGGCAAAAAAGCACUUUCAUAUCCAUCCACCCACAUGUACAUGUAGAACAAUAUAUGUGACAGGUUAUAGAAUUGUGGAUGCAGUGUUUCUAUUUACGCCUUUAGAAUCAAUACACUAAAUGUUGGAAUUCCUCUGGAACUGAAUAUUUUCUUGUACAGUCUAUAAAGAGUGUUUAGCAAUGUAUCUGGUGCUUAUUUUUUUUUGCUAGUUUAAGAAUCAUUGGUGUGGGUCAAAUUCACACAAGGUAUACAACAUGACAUUUAAGGUGACUACAUUCCUCGUUAAAUUUAGCAAAUGAGCAGAAUGUUGAAAAAACAUUACAGCUUCUCAACUAUGUUACACAUAAAUUGCUUUAGCAGAAGUAAGUUUCUGUGAGACACUGGCAAACAAGUGUUAGUAUUUAAUAAGUUGUAACAAGUAAUAUCACUGAUAAAAGCAUAUGUUGUGACUGGCUGCCUGGUGAUUAUCUUUCUUAGUGAAUUCCACAUUACAAAUGACAGUGGACACAGUCAGACAGAUAAUUUCCACUUUGAGGCCAUCUUUUAUGAGUCAAAACUCAAUAUCUUCAGAAUGCUAUAAAGAAUAAGCUUCAUGAACAAGCUAUACUCACACCCUAGAUGGAACUAUGUUAAGUCACAAAAUUAAUAUUUAAAUAUAAUGCAUGCUUGACAAAGCUUGGUUGGGAUUCCUUUUUUUCUGUGUCUGUGUUUGAAAACUAACAUGUGAGAUGUAACAGCACAGAGCAUGCAAACAUGAAACAGUACACAGUUGCCUUGUAUAUUAAGUUUACUUAUAGAUGGUUGUGCUUUCUCACAGACCAAGGAUAACAGCUGCAAGAACAAAGAUGGCCAUAUAAUGAUUAUAUAUUUUGCUAUCAGUGUGAGUCUAUAUGUGUGGGUGUGUGCGUGAGUGUGUGAGAUGUGUCUCUUUGCUUUUGAAAUUUGGUUGAAUCACAUCUGCAUGCUAGAUAGAUAGAUAAAAACUGUGUUCAUUUUCUCAUCUAUAUAUAGCGUGUCUCUUUUAUAUUAUACUAUUUUUCUUCAAUGUAUACUAAUUUUGUAUAACCAAACCCUCCUUGCUUUCAGAGACUAUUUCUCCACUCUUCCAAAUAUACAACCUCAAGUAGAGCCACUGCCUUUCUCAAAGGAUUAAAAUACUCAUGGAAGAGAAGAGUUUCUUCUCCAAUCACCGGGUGUGCUAGCAACGCAUUUUAAUGAUUAUCAAUGGAUCUUUGCUAUUGUAACAUAGAAAACCUCAAAUCAUAAAAGUAUUAACCAUAAGAGGUCAAGGGUCAAGUCAUAAAAAGCAGGUGUGCUUAAAAAUCCCAAACUACUAAAACAAUGUCUUUAUAAUUCUAAAUUUAAUAAUUUCAAGUGCAAAGCGCAGAGGUGACCCCUGUACUCCACAUUUCUUUUACUUAUUAUUUCUCCUAGUUAACACUGGUUUAGUGAAUGUGAAGUACAUAGUUUGUGGUUAAGGAAAGCCCUCUCUAGCCCUGAAAGCAUUUGACUUUGGGAACAAGUAAGUGGUGAGGUAUACAGAUGCAUGGAAUCAUUCCCAUCCUGCAAAACCUUGCCAUAUCACUUACUAUCAUUGUCAUUUAUGCAGUUCUAAUGAGUACAGCAUGGCAACUGACUUUCUAGGAUGCACAUGUAAUCAAAUAAACGGUACAGUGUUAUUUAUUAAACUCUUCCUUUGGCUUGUAAGCUAAUUUAUAUAGAAUGGAAUGGAGAUUUGUAAUCUUAUAUUGUAGAUUGUUAAUGUUGACAAUAAAGCCUAUUGUGUAAUAUAAUGAUGUAAA